AUGAUUUGGAAUUUAUUUUGGAAAAUAAAAGUUUUAAGCUGUUCAGAUGAAUAUUUAGUAGAUAAAUCCUCUUAUUUUACAUUUGAAAACAGUAAUUCUUGUGAAUUGGCUACUUUAGAUAAGGUUGAGCUUGUAAACAGAUUAUAUGAUCCUUUGUUUGCUAAAUUAAUACAAAAUCCAGAAUUAACAAAUAAACAAAAUGUUUUUUUUUCAAAAAGUUAUAAAUUUGAAAGUGUAGAAAAACCAAAAGAUUAUAAUUUAAAAAGAUUUGAUUACACAUCAAAUACAAAUUUGGCAAUUUUAAAUUUACCUAAAAAUUAUUUUAAAAUUAAAAAUAAUUUAAAAACUUGUAAGAAUCCUAAGAAUAAAGUUGAAAAGAGUAAGUUAAAAAAGCUUAAAAUGCUUUUUAAUGAUAAUAGAAAGAGAAAAAAUAAUAAUGAAGUUUCUUCAAAUGUAGAGAAUUGUUCUAAAUAUUUUAAAAUAAGUGAUACUGAAAAAUCACCUGGUAACAAUAAUAAAACAAAUGAUAAAAAGGAUGUUGAUGGUUCUAUAAGUAGUGCUUUAGUCCAAAAUGAUGAAGUUUUAAAAUUUAAAGAAAUUACAAAAAAAACUUAUAAAGAAAUUUUAAAACAUUCUAAAACUGAAAAUAAGAUUGUAUCAAAUAUUGAAUUAAUUGCAGAAAAAGUUUUAGGUAGAAAAUUAACAUUAAAUCCUGAAAAUGAUUAUCAAAAUCUUUAUAAAAGAGCUAAGAAUCAUCCUCUCGAAAAUAAAGAAGGUAAAAUUCUUUUUUAUGAAAAUUUUUUAAAUGUUAAAAAAGAUGAAAGAUUAAUUUCAUAUUAUGAAUGUUUAUUAUUAGAAGUUGUUUGUUUUUUGUCCUUAGAACACAAUGAAUUAAAUUUGAAAUUAGAAUUAGAUGUUAUAAAAGAAUUUACUGAAAUUUUAAAUAGAUCGUUAGCUUUUAUUAAUUAUUAUGAUGAUCUUUCCAAAAUAAUCGAUUUAAUAAAUAAGGAUGAAACUAAUAUUCAAGAAUUAGUUAAUGAUUUAAUUACAACAUUUAAACAGAAUAUAAAAGAACCUGAUUUUUUUAAAAAAGAUUCAUCUUUAAAAUGUUUAUGUUGUUUUAAUUAUAAUUUUUUAAGAAGUAACCAUGAAUUAAUAAUAUGGGCAACAACAAUUUUAGAAAGGUAUACAACAUUUAAAUUAAGUGAAUUUGAAGAUAUUAAUGUAAAGUUAAAAUCUAAAGACAAUGAUGUUUUGGUAAAAUUAAAAGUAAUAAGUAUACUACAUAUUAAUUCCAUCUUUAGAUCUCAUAAAAAUUUAAAGACAGAUUUAAAAAGAUCAGUAGAAGAUUAUAUUUUAAGAAUAAAGGUAAAAAUUAGAAAUAAUUUUUUGAAAGUAAUCAAAAAUCUGUUUGAAACUGAAUAA